GAUGCGCGCCCGAGCUGGGAACAUGGACUUCGCGUGCCUCUGGCUAGGGCUUCUCCUGCCUUUGGCAGCUGCGCUGGAUUUCAGAUACCACCACCAGGAAGACAUGGAAGCGUUUCUGAAGAGAGUUGCCCAAAACUACAGUUCUAUCACUCACCUGCACAGUAUUGGGAAAUCCGUGAGAGGUAGAAACCUGUGGGUUCUCGUUGUGGGGCAGUUUCCAAAGGAACACAGAGUUGGCAUUCCAGAAUUCAAAUACGUGGCAAAUAUGCAUGGAGAUGAGACUGUGGGGCGGGAGCUGCUGCUCCACCUGAUCGACUAUCUCGUAACCAGCUAUGGGAAAGACCCUGACAUCACAAAACUAAUGAACAGUACACGAAUCCACAUCAUGCCUUCAAUGAACCCAGAUGGAUUCGAAGCUGUCAAGAAGCCUGACUGCUUUUACAACAGUGGAAGGGGAAAUUAUAAUGAGUAUGACCUGAAUAGAAAUUUCCCCGAUGCUUUUGAGCAUAAUAAUGUAUCAAGGCAGCCUGAAACGCUGGCAGUCAUGAAGUGGCUGAAAACGGAGACAUUUGUCCUCUCUGCAAACCUCCAUGGUGGUGCCCUUGUAGCCAGCUACCCAUUUGAUAAUGGAGUUCAAGCAACUGGAGCACUGCUCUCGCGAAGCUUAACUCCUGAUGAUGAUGUCUUUCAACACCUUGCACAUACCUAUGCUUCCAGAAAUCCCAACAUGAUGAAGGGAGAUCAGUGUAAAAACAAAAUGAACUUUCCUAAUGGAAUCACAAAUGGAUAUGCUUGGUAUCCGCUCCAAGGUGGGAUGCAAGAUUUCAACUACAUCUGGGCCCAGUGUUUUGAAAUUACCUUGGAGUUGUCAUGCUGUAAAUAUCCUCGUGAGGAGAAGCUUCCCUAUUUCUGGAAUGACAACAAGGCCUCAUUAAUUGAAUAUAUAAAACAGGUGCACCUAGGUAUCAAGGGACAAGUUUUUGAUCAAAGUGGAAAUCCAUUGCCCAAUGUAAUUGUGGAAGUCCAAGACAGAAAGCACAUCUGCCCAUAUAGAACCAACAAAUUUGGAGAGUAUUAUCUACUUCUCUUGCCUGGAUCCUAUGUAAUAAAUGUUACAGUCCCUGGACAUGACCCGCACCUCACAAAGAUAGUUAUUCCAGAGAAAUCCCAGAACUUCAGUGCUUUUAAAAAGGACUUUAUAUUUCCACUCCGAAGGCAAUCAGAUUCUGUCCUUGUAUCAAAUCCUUCAUGCCCAUUGGUUCCUCUAUACAGGGCAAUGCCAAGCUACUCAGCUGCAACAAAGCCUAGUUUGUUCUUAUUUUUAGUGCCUCUUUUGCACAUGUUUUUCAAAUAAAGUAAACUGUGAAACUCAAACCCCAUCAGCACCUGGAAUCAGGGAUUAGUCAUUCCAGGCAACUCUAACUCGCUCUGGUGGAACCUCACCUGGAUAAACUCCACAGUCUUCCCUACGAAGAGAGAUGGAUGCAAAUCCUGAAAUAAGCAAUGUGUGGGAAUAAUGAAAGGAAUGAUUCAGUUUUAUGAGUGGAAAAAACUACCUAUCAAAUAUUGACCAUUGACACUUAAUUUUGAAGUUGUCUUAGAAAUUUGUAAGAAGUUAAACUUGAGAAGCAAAACAAAAUCCUGCAAGAAAAAGGAAGUAAUUUUGUAUACAAAGAACCAGAUGAAUAUAAGCAACAAAG